GGGUGGGGCAAAAGGUUAACGACGGGAAGCCGCCUUCCCAAAAAAUCCCCAUUUCCUCACCGCAUAAAUGCUCUCUUCCUCCUAGGGUUUUCUCCUCGAGAUCCCUCUUCCUCCUCAUCUUUUCCUUCGUUGCCCGAAUCUUAUUGGUCUUGUAAGCCAUCCGUCCCCGAAAAAGUUCUAUCUUUGUCAAGGAUUAGGGAUUUAUAGAAUCAGAAUUCUAGGGUUUCGCCGAUCUUCCUGAAACGAGAAUGCCCACCAUGGACUAUCAGAGCUCUUCCGUUCCAUUCUCGUCGAUCGGCCGUUCGAUCCUGAGCCUCCGGCGAGAUCAGGUUCACGCCAUGGAUGGCCAACACGAGCUCGGUUCGAGCCAGGAGCAGGAGCUGGAUUUCUUCCAGCGUCAUGUUGCCGAUCUCUUUGCGGACCUAUCCUCUUCCGGCGGAGAGGAGCUGCUCUCCCUUGCCUGGGUCCGUAAGUUACUCGAUUCAUUCCUACUUUCCCAAGAGGAAUUCCGUAUUAUUCUCUUCAAUAACCGGUCGAUCCUCUCUCGCCAUCCACUGGAUCGGCUAAUCGCCGAGUUCUACGAGCGCGGGGUGAAGGCCCUCGAUAUCUGCAACGCCAUACGCGACGGGAUCGAGCAGGUGAGGCAGUGGCAGAAGCACAUCGAGAUCGUGCUCGUUUCCCUAGAUCCGUGCAACAAGCCCAUUGGCGAGGGCCAGCUCCGCCGCGGUAAGAAGGCGCUGACAGAUCUCGCCGUGCUUAUGCUUGAUGAAAAGGACCCGGCUUCCGUUCUUGCUCAGCGAAAUCGUUCGUUUGGCCGCAAUAGCCAGAGCUCUAGCAAGGAUUGUCACCGUGCCGGUGGCCACUUCAGGUCGUUGUCCUGGAGCGUUUCUAGAUCAUGGUCGGCUGCACGUCAGCUGCAGGCUAUUGGAAACAACAUAUAUGCUCCUCGUGGCAAUGAGAUUGUGGCUACCAGUGGGCUUGCGAACCCUGUUUUCACUAUGAAUUUGGUUCUUCAUUUUGUGAUGUGGGCUCUGGUUGCAGCGAUACCUUGUCAGGACCGUGGAUUUCAAACUCAUUUUUCAAUUCCAAGGAGCUUUUCUUGGGGUGUUUCGAUUUUGUCACUGCAUGAUAAGAUAAUGGAGGAAUCGAAGAAGAAGGAAAGGAGGAAUUCUGUUGGGUUGUUGAAGGAGAUUCAUCAGAUUGAAAAAUGCACCCGCCAUUUGUUGGAGUUGACUGACUCUCUUCAGCUCCCAAUUGCAGAAGAGAAGUUGAUGGAGUUGAGAAAAGGGAUGCAAGAAUUGGGUAUUGUGUUUGAUGCUUUGAAGGAAGGAUUGGAGCCAUGCGAGCGCCAAGUCAGAGAGGUUUUCCAUAGGAUUGUGCGCAGCCGGAUGGAAGGUCUUGAUUCCUUACAUAAACAUGAUUGAUCUUUUUUAACAGUUUUUUGUUGGUUGUUCUCAGUUUAGACUCUUGCUGUGUUUCCUACUUUAAAAUUCACCUUCCAUGAAUUCAAUUGCACCAACCUGUUGCAGAAGAAGGUAAAGGGUAAGAAGAAGAACCAUUUUGUCAAAACGUCUCUCCUGCUAAUAAAGUUGAAGCAGUUAGUUUUCUUGUAUUUAUUGUAUUACUUCAAUGUAAAAAAGUAUUUAAUUGUAAUGCCUGUUGAUGUUAGUGUCAAGUUUUGUUUUAUGUUCUUGUUGUAUAAAUUUUUCUUUUGAAGUUUUGAAUCCUC